AUGGAGGAAGGCGUCCAGGCCCCAGACUGGGACAGUGAUGAAACCGUGAUAGAGGGUUCAGUGACGGAGAGCGACCUGGAAGAAGAGGAGCUGCCCUGGAGAAGGUUGUUAUUUGAUCAAGACACAUCUCUUAGAUAUCAGUUCAGUCUGCAUCCUGAUACAAGAGGAAUGUGCAAAGGCAUGCCUUCUCCUGAGAUUCAACUUGGGUUUAAGAUCAGAGAAGAUCUGCAAGAGCAAAUGAAUAAAAAUAAGGUGAUGCCUGUUCUUAGCAAGGAUACAAUAUUACAGUCUCAAGAUGAAACAGUACGAAAUCAAGCUCUGUUACAGACUAGAAAAAAUUGUUCAAUGUUCUUUGGGUCAUUUCCCCAGUCUGGACUUUCAUCGAACCACCAAAAUAUUGAAGGGCCUGAACCUGAAAGUCCUGAAGUUUUGCCACACAUGGAAAAGGAACUAAGUGAAGGCAGAAAUUCUCCUGAAGUUAGCCUUCUCUCAGGCACUGCUAUUAUAGUAUCUGAUACGGUUACUGUAAAGGAGACAUCAAUAAUAGAGCCAGAGAAGAUCUUAGCAGAACCAAAUCCAUUUUUUGAGCCUAGAAAGGAAGUCACAUUGACCGUGACUUCUGAAGAAACUAAGGAUGAAGAAAGCUCACUUGAAACCUUUGUGUCUGCCUUAGAAAGGUUACUCACAUCACCAGAAAGCACCCAGGAGGAAAGACUGUUUGAAUUAGUAAGUGAUUUUGAUCCUAAAGAAUUGAUGAACCCAUUGAGUGACUCUCUGAGUUCCAUAUCAAUACAUUUGAAUGCAUGGUCGUCAUGUCACAGAGAUUUACAAGAAAAUGUGAAGGAUGAUGCAUUGCCAGCUGAAUUAUUAGAAGCCCUGAACACAUUGUCAGAAGCCAAGGUGGAAACCAUCUGUCAUAGAAAAGAGGGAGGUAGCAGUCUCAGUGCUAGAAAUGAAUGUUUAGAAGUGGAGUUCAAUAUGUCUCAGAUCCAUGAAGAUUGUACACAAAUAGCAGAGACUCUACAAGACCCAAAUCCAUCUGGAUUGCAAACUUUGACUCAUCAAAAUAUCACUUCUUGUCAACCACUAAGUAAUAAUAGAAAUUCAAAUUUAGUGACAAAUAGCUCUGACCAGGAAACUGCAUUUGUGUUAAGGAGAUCAUCCAGACUAGAAAAACUGAAAAUAAACAGAGAUGCAAAGUACUCAGAUCACAUGUAUAAGGUGCCAGAAAAGAUUUUACCAAAAAUCCUUGGCUGUGAGGACUUAACAGACUCUUCAACUCAGAAUUUCAGACUGCAGGAUCCGGCUUUAAUGACUGAUGGUAAAAAGAAGAAUAUGCAUUCAACCAGGUUCAAGAGUGGAGGAAAAAUGAUCAGGAAAAAUGAACAAUUUUCAGGAAGAAAAGAAAAAAUGAAGGUGAAAAAAAUACAUCUUGCCAGCAUUAAUCGGAGAAACAUUUUUGGAGAGAACUUAGUAUAUCAGGCUGCUCUGCACGAUGAUGCUGGUCUUGUUCGUCAUUAUAUAAAACAAGGCGGAAAUGUUAAUCAGCCAAGUUAUGCUGGUUGGACAGCACUUCAUGAAGCAAGUGUAGGAGGAUUUUAUCAGACAGCAAGUGAACUAUUAAAAGGUGGAGCAGAUGUAAAUAUCAAAGGAAUGUACCAGAUUACUCCCCUACAUGAUGCUGUGAUGAAUGGACAUUAUAAGGUGGCAGAGUUACUUCUUUUGAAUGGAGCUGACCCAUUAUUUAGAAAUGGUGAUGGAAAAUGUGCUUUGGAUGAGGCCAAAGAUUCAUGUAUGAAGCGUCUCCUUGAGAGAUACAUCCCUAAACAUCAAAAAUGCCUUACAUUGGCUCAAAGGAAUAGCACUGACCCACUAGACAUAGAGGAUGUAUACCAACACAAGAAACCAAAAUUCAGUUCUAGAAGUCACAUUUGCCAUGUUUGUAAUGAAAAUUACAACAGACAGAAGCAAGAACUUGUAAAAGUCAAUAAAGAAAGCAAAGAGAGUUUAUUUAUAAAUAUAAAUAAAGAAGAUGUAUAUGAAUAUUACCAAAAAGUUUCCAAAAAUACAAAAUUUGGUAAAUCCAAGCAUAAACAAUCAACUCUUAAGCAGAUAUACUCUACAGGACUCAGAAAAUGCAGUAUCUAUGAUGUCAAAGAUUCCAACACAAACCUGCCUAAAGGUAUAGGAAGAAGAAACAUGCAAAGUAAAAGGACCCAAGUAGAUGAUGUAGACUGCAAUCCAAGAAAGACACUAGCUGUCUUUCCUUCCAGGAGGAUAAACAGAUUGGUUACUGAUCAACAGCAUAUUCCACAAACUCUUAGUGACCUUCCAGAAGAGUCAUGUGAACCUUCCGGCAUAACUCUGCCAAGCCUGAAAACUGGCUUAGAUAACAAUAUUGAGGUUUGUUCAGUCUCUAAAGAGACACACAUCCAAAACCUGGAUUUAUCAGAUAGUCAAGAAGUUCAAUGCUUGGAAUUAGAAUCUGUUGACCAAACUGAAGCUGUUUCUUUCCCGGGACUUUCAUUACACAAAGAAAUCAAGUUACCACUUGUUACUACGGAUAAGCAGCCUCACACUCUCCAGGAACAACACCACACCCUUUAUAAGUCUCAUGAAAACAGCAAAUUGGUCCAAAAAGAUGAGAGCUUUAACACAUGGGAAAAAGCUUUCCUAUCCUUUGUAAAGGGAAAUUCUGAUAAUGAUGAUGAUUUCUCCACCUCUGAGAAGGCUGUAAUAUCUAAAAAGGUAAUGUGUUCUACAGGCUGCAAAAACCACUGUAAUUUUAAGGAGAAUUUAACAAAUAGAAAAGAAAUGGAUUUUCAACAGUUUUUACUUUCUGAAGAUCAUUUUUCACAGGAAAAUGAGGUAAAAGCAGUCAGCCUAACCACACUUCCGAAACAGGAAGCUGUUAAUUUUUCUGAUUCAGAUAAUGUAGUUAUUUCUGAACAAUGUGUUGCAAAUUGUGAACAAUGCAUAUUUGGACCUUCUUUUGAUCACUCACAUGGCAAUCCUGAGCAAAAUUCCCUGGUUUGUAUGCGAACAUUUUCGACACAGGAGGUUUCAAAGUUGACUAAUCAUGUGGAGCUAUUCAAAAAGCCACAGGAUUGUAUUCCCAGAGCACCAACUUUUGUAAUGAAUGAAACAGAUACACAUAUUGUGGAAGAGGUGGCAAAGAAUUGUGACACUGAAAGGAAUUACAUUGACAAAGACCAAAAAUUAAGUUAUUCAAAUGAGCCAUUAUCUAUAGUUGUUCAUUCUCAGGUAAUAGAAACAACUAAAGCCGAAAAAAGGAGACAAAACCUAGAAAGUGAGACUAUACAUGAUAUAGAUUCUCAUUCCACUGACACUGUGAAUAAAGACUUGGUCAACAUCUCACAACUUAGUCGAAGAGAAAAGAAGGAAAUUUCACACAAACCAGAUGAGGAAUUAACUAAUAAUAUCAGUGGAAAUGAAAUAAUGACAAGAAAUUGUGAAGAGAUAAAAGAAAAAACAGAGUCAGAAAUUCACAUACCUACUAAUAUCCAAGAACAUGAAACAGUUCAGAAUUUCAGAAAAAGACGUUUCUUAAAAACUACCUGCAAAGGAAUGAAAACAGGUGGGAUCAAUAAGAGGCAUGCCAGAGGGAAAAGCCGGCUUCAUUUAGCUGCCAGAAGAGGAAAUCUGUCCCUAGUGAAAGCCCUAAUAGAAACUGGAGCAGAUGUGAAUCUAAAUGAUAAUGCAGGUUGCACACCACUUCAUGAGGCAUCUAGUAAAGGAUCUGUUGACAUAAUUGUAGAGUUAUUAAAAGCUGGUGCUAAUGUUAAUUGUGAAAAUAUAGAUGGAACUCUGCCCUUACAUGAUGCUGUUGCAAACAAUCAUUUAAAGGCAGCUAAGAUUCUACUACAGAAUGGAGCAAACCCUAAUCAAAAAGAUAAAAAGAGGAAGAGUGCUUUGGAUGAAGCAGAUGAUGAAACAAUGAAAGAAUUACUGAAAUCUUAUAGUGCUAUUCAGACCAAUAAUAGAGAUGAGAGUGAUGGUAUAGUCAAUGAAAAAAUUCCUGCUGUUCGGUCUAAAAGACAUAAACAGUGUUUUUGUGAUGAUGGCAAUCCUGUUGAUUCACCUUCCCUCUCAUACCAAGAAAGAUCAAGAGAAAGCCUUUCUGCACAUCAGACCCUCAGUGCCAUUCUACAAGAUAUAGAAGAAAAACAAGAAAAUUUAUUAGAGUUUGAAAUAAGAAACCCUGAAGAUGCAGAGCAAUACAUUGAAAAGAUGUUAAAGAUAAAAGAGAUUAUGAAUAAUGUGCUUGCCAAGCAGAAAGCAGAAAGGGAUGAUCUGGCUAAAAAAUACAGGGUAUCCAUAGAGUCAUUUAAGCAUGGAGCCCUGAGAGAACAAUUGGCCAACUUGGCUACAAGACAGAAGAGCCUUUUAGCUGUGGCAAAAAAACAGAAAAAAAUAAGCCUGAAAAUUCAAAAUUAUAAGAAUGUUACAUCAUUGUCUUGUCUUAGUUUAAGGAAGCUUCCACCCAGAUCAGAAAUCUUUAGUGAAAAGAACAGCCAAGAAGAGCUCACUACUCUGGAAAAUUUAGAGCAUCCCCAAUCAGUUUCACUUUCCCCUGUUUGUGGAAGCAUGCAGGAAACACAAUUGUCUCUAGAAACUUGGAACUACAGCCAAAAUACUAACAUUUGUCUAAAUUCAGAGGCAGUGAUAAGGGGGGGAUUUUCUGGAAAUGAGAUGAAUUCUGAACAAAAUAUCAGUGAUUGUACCUUGGCUGGUUUAUCAAAAUCCAGACAUUCAGAUGGCACUGAGAAGAUUAAAUUAUCAUCCGAACCUGUUGCUUUUAUUGGUCAAACAGAAUAUUCACAGAAAGAGAAUGAUCUUAUAGAAGCUACAGACAAAGACCAUGAAUUCUAUAGUCGUUCCCCAGUAAUUGGCAAAUUAAAUAUUUCAGAAACUGCAAGUAUCCUUGCCAAAAGUGAUGCUCAUCCAUCAAAUGUUAUCUGUGAUCAGGACCUUUCCAAUUACGACCCUAAAAGAGGAAACAGGAAAACAACUUCCCAGGAACCAGCUAGGAGGACAUCAGAAUCCCUAGCACGUCGAAGGAUUGCUGCCUUAGGCAGUGACACAGUGAAUCAGUUGAAACCAUAUCUUAAAAAAUCAGUUUUUGCUGUUCCACAUGCAGAUGACAGUCAGAUCUCCUCUUCCUCCAGAUCUAUAAAAAAGCCUUUAAACUACAGUACAGCUCCUAAAAAGAAAUGUAUUCAGAUAAAAGAUUUGAUAUUACUAGGAAGAAUUAACCCAGGAAAUAACAUUCUGGAAUUCAAAACACAGGAGACAACCCACAAAGCCAGUAUUUUAUUGAAUGGUAAACUUAAGGUAGAAAGCGGUCAGAUUUAUAAAAACCCAGUCACCUGGCUCAAGGAUCUUCUGGGAGGCAACAGUUAUGUGACAUGGAAUUAUGCCUGGAAUAAGGUAACGUAUCUUGGGAAGGAGCUUUUAAAGUAUGUUUCUGAGGAUGUAUCCAUACUUCCAGAACCAAACUCAGUACCUCAGCAAUAUCAGCCUUGUCUUCCAGAAGUUGCUUGUUUAGAUGACCCAGUACAGGAACCAAGCAAAUCAAUGUUUGAGAAAACAAAAUUUGAACAAGGAACUUCCGGAGAGCCAAUGCAAAGCAUCCCACGUUAUCUACAAAUAAAUGAAAUACUAUUAAUAAGUGAUCAAGAAUUUCUCCCAUGCCAUGUAAUGGAUCAGCAUUGGAAGUUUUGUGUGGAAUGUGAGGAACUAAUGCUCUAA